AUGAGUAAUCGAAAGGGAGGAGGCGGUGCAGGUGAUUAUCAGGAGGUGAUCGAAUCGCUGCGACGAUCUCAGCUGAUUUUCGAGGAGGACGAGAACGCUGGCCCCGAGAUUCCGACGGUUGUCACCUCGUCGUCUUCAGCAUCGUCACAGAGAAGCUCAGCGUCUCAACACCAUCGUCUGAAUAACAUGGUUGUUGGAGGAGGAGGAAGAGACAACGAGAUGUCUAAUAACCAAAAUGGCAACACACCAUCGGUGACAAUCCCGAGUCAGUGUCAAGUGAUGACACCCCGAAUAUCAUCGCCAUCAUCUGUGAUGGCACCGUCGGUUACAGUAACCUCGGGAACCGUACAACAAGGGAAGACGUUCGCCAGAAUUCAAGGAAGCUCGCCGAGUAAUACAACCCACUCGACACCAACCGUCGCUCAAGCCAUGCAAAGCGUCGCUCCACACAUCCCAAUCGUCGGAGCCGGUGCAGAUGAUAGCAGUGCUGAAAUUCUAUCGGUUUUCGAGUGCCCAGUUUGUUUGGAAUACAUGCUACCACCAUACAUGCAAUGCCCAUCUGGCCAUUUGGUGUGCUCGAACUGCCGACCAAAACUUCAGUGCUGCCCAACUUGCCGUGGACCAACUCCAUCCGUUCGCAACCUGGGCCUUGAAAAGAUCGCCAACACUGUUCGUUUUCCAUGCAAAUUCUCAAACUCUGGAUGUCCUCUCAAUUUCCAUCACAUCGACAAAAUGGAUCAUGAGGAGUUGUGUGAAUACCGCCCGUAUUCCUGCCCAUGCCCUGGAGCAAGCUGUAAAUGGCAAGGAGCACUGGCUGAUGUCAUGGAUCAUUUGAAGAAAGUUCAUAAGAGUAUUACAACUCUUCAAGGAGAGGAUAUUGUGUUUUUGGCUACUGAUAUCAAUCUUCCGGGUGCUGUUGAUUGGGUUAUGAUGCAAAGUUGCUUCGAUUACAAUUUCAUGUUGGUACUGGAGAAACAGGAAAAGUACGAUCCUGCUCAGUCGACUCAGAUGUUCUAUGCGGUUGUUCAAUUGAUUGGAUCGAAGAAGGAGGCUGAUAAUUUUGUAUAUCGAUUGGAGUUGUCUGCAAACAGAAGAAGAAUGUCGUGGGAAGCUACACCAAGAUCCAUUCAUGAGGGUGUUGCGUUUGCGAUUCAACAAUCGGAUUGUUUGGCUUUUGAUACUAGUGCAGCACAGCUUUUCGCAGAGAAUGGAAACCUAGGAAUCAACGUGACCAUCAGCCGCAUAGACGGACAACAAAGACGUCAUCCGAAUGAAUCCGAUGCUGUAGAUGUUGAAUACGACUGA